AUGACUUCACCUGUUUCCUAUAUACACUUUGAACGAGUCUCGGGCCAUUCUCAGCUAAAUUGAGCAAAUUAUUGAGACUGAGAAUUACUUCACCGUCUGGAGGCGCUGUUAGUCGGUUGGUUGGUCGGUCGGUUUUCCAUAGGACUCGCCCAGGCUCCGGGGGCCCCCCGCUUUCCGCUCCGACCUAAACAACCAGAAAGGGUCCAAUCUAUUUCGCGAACGAGAACACGUAAAACGUGCGUGUGAGUGCGUGCGUACGUGUCUCUCUGUGUGUCACGUCGCGAUUACUAGCACUGGGUUUCAACAGUGUCGCGAUAGUAAGAGGUGCUGGCGCACUAGGUGGUCCAGUCGCAGCGACCCAAAUGCUGGUGUGAUGAUGGAGAUGAAAUGAUCGGUGCCCUCUACUGUCCCUAUCUGCACUCCUUCUGCUGCUAGUGUAACGGUUUAGGGACGAUGCUGUAGCGCUGCUCCCGGGUGCCGCUGCAUAGUUUGCAGUUCCUCUCAGGGACUGUGGGACAACGGGAGACGAUAGACGGGUCUGGCCGCGUCGUCGGACCGUGUUCAUCAACAAAACGGGAAGCGAGAUAAGGUGCAUCAGGCAUCAGGUAGACGGAGACGACGACAACGAUGCGGUUCAACAAGCAGGAAUUGGUGACUCUCGCUACGCAACCGAGCAACAAGUUCGAAAAGGAAGGACCACUGUUUGUAAUGGAGAAGCAGGAGGGUUUCUUCCGGAAAACCGAAGUAAGCAGCGAACGGUGGUGCCGAUUGCGAGGCAAUCUGCUGUUCUACUUCAAAUCAAACGAUCCGUUCUCGGAGCCUCAAGGUUGCCUCGUGCUGGAGAAGUACCAGUGCCUGAAGGUGGACGAUGGAAUCGACCCGGCGCAAGCCGCAGCCGAUGGAUUCGCGUUCUAUAUCGAGUUUCAGGACGGAAUGCGGCAGCGGUUCACGGCCAACACCGAGCAGGAGCGGCUCGAGUGGGUGCAGGCAAUCGGGCUGGCUGGCUACGACAUGAAGCGGGCCCAGCUCAAGUAUCUGCGCGAAGAGAUCGACCGGAAGCGCGGCAUGAUUCAUGACGUCGACAUCGAUAUGCUGCGGUUGCAGACGGGCAAGGAAAUCGGUGAGGGGAUCGCGGGCCGAAAGACGGUUUGCGUUGGAAGGGCGUCAUUGUGUUUCUAUUCGUUCUGUCUGGCAGAUCUGAACGAGGUACCGAUCUGCGAGUCGGUAAUUUCGUGUGACAAUCUGCUGUGCGAUGGAAAUGGGAAACCGCCGAACCCCUCCGUCGUCGUGCAGGUGACGUCAAACAGUCGGCCCGUGUCGGGGUGGAUCAAAUAUGGGCGCACCGAGGUGAUCGAGCGUUCGUCGAACCCGCAGUUCAUCUGCACGAUCCAGUUCCGGGCGUGUGACGGGCUGAACGCGGAUUCGCAAAUCCGCUUCACGGCGUACGACGUACGAGAGAAAGUGACGCAGACGGCGGUACCGAUCGGUUGGGCGGAGAUAGCGCUCGGCGUGAUCACGGACACAACCCGACUCCGCAUACCGCUGCGGACGCAGGUGUGCGGCGAGAGUGCCGGCUUCCUGACCAUCGCCACCUGCGCCCCGGACACGGAGCGGCGCACCAGCAAUUCACGCUCACCGGUCAAGACAGUCGGCCAAGGCGGGACAGGCGGUGCGGGUGGCUGCAUCGCCGGCCAAUCGGGUGAGGUGUACGGGCAUCGGCGCUCCCAGUCGCUACCACCGAAGCUCGGCACCAAGCUCUUCAUUCCGCCGCCUUCUAAAAUCGGGCUCGUCUUCACUAACCCGAGCAUGCACACCUACCGGUUGCACUCCGGGCUAGGAGGUGACAUUAGCGUGCUGGAGAUCAUGCUGGAGAGCCAACUGUGCUACCUGCUGCCGCAGCAACUACUCUCGAUCUGGAUAUCGCGCGAGAAGGAGCUGCUGCAGGAGAUCUCGGGCAUGGGCGAGCUCGGGGGCGAGUGGCGCAAUCGGCAGAUGGAGCUGCUGGAUAAGCACUUGAAGCUACUGAAGGACUACUCGCAGGCUAAGCAGUACCUGCAGCAGCAGCAACAGCGUGGCAAAGCUUUCAAACCGAGCUGCCGGAAGGCGGAUGAGACGGUCGAGUUCGCACCGGUCAACCUGCACUUGCAGCGGAUGUGGGCCCACAACGAUACGCUCAAGCGAGCCGGCAUUCUCGACGUGAUCACGGUCGGUGCCUUCACGCGCCAUACCGGGCGCUCGAAAACUGGCGGACUGAUCAAGCUGCUGCAGCAGGUGAAGGAUCCACCGCAAUCCGGUGGUGCGACCGAUGCGAGCGAAGCGGCCGGCAGCAGCCACAAGGUGAACGCGGCCAACGAUGCGGUGCAGGCCAUCAAGCAGCUGCGCUCGGAGAUAGUUGCCAUCAUGUCGCAGCUGUUGCUACUGGCACGCUCGAAGAACCCGAAAGGGAUGCUACCGUUGUGUAGCGAGAUGAUGGCGAAGACGCGCACGCUGCUCAACAUCUGGGAGCCGGCUCUGGUGGAGGAAGCGUUCUCGUUUAUUGAGCGCCACCGCAUCGUCGACGAAACGACGAUGGCGGCGGGCGCCUCAGCUGCCGGUUCGUCCACUGUGCCCGAAACUGGCACCGAAGGGCUGGUCGCCGAGGGACUGUCGUUCCCGUUGGUGCCGAUGUCACCGUUCAAGAAGAUCACCCAGCAGCUGGGAGCACUCGAUCUGAAGUCGCCCGAACUGGAGGACUUUGCCACACCGCUCGGUCCUGCACCGGACCUCUGGCCACAGACCAAACUGGGAGUGGCUGGAGGUGGCUCGAUGGCUAUAUCGGGAAAAUCGCCAUCGCCGCACGACAUCAGCACCACCAUCGCGACGAUCCAGGAUACGUUUAACCAACUAGCGUUGUAUCAGCAGCGGCCGGAGCUGCACCCAACCAUGUACUCCCUGCUAACCUCCUGCUACCUACCGACGGACGAACCAUCGACCUCGAAGGUGAACCCCGCGAACCCGGUCGGUCUCCGGUUCAACGAAACACACUUUGACGUUAACGGAACGGUCACGUUGCAUUCCAAUCCCUCGACCGCGGAUUCCACUGCGGCCCAACAAGAGUUACAACCGCUGCAGCAGCAGCAGCAGCAGCAGCAGCAGCAACAACAAAGUAAGAAGGCACUGUACUCUGGGAUUUACGAUGAGAGUGGAUACUGCAUGGAGAACACGGCCAUCGUGCUCGGUCAUAACGGUGCCUUCCUCGAUACCCGCGUGAUGAGCUCGAGCCCGUCGGCCAACUACUACCGGCCAACCGAGGAACCGGAACCGCUCGACCUGACGCAGCUCAACAUCGAAGCGAGCGUCAUGUGUCUGGUGUCGAAGGUGAAGUUCUUGUGUGGCCGUUGCGGCAGUCCGGCGGUAAGGUUGCGCAACCCGAAGGGUGCGCUUGGGUCUACUGGUGGCAGCGAGCUGAUACCGCCGCCAGAUGUCGUGACCGCGCAGCCAGCCUUAUCGCAUCCAACCGCCAGCCGAGAGCAUACUAGCAUUGACGCUAGCGAGACAACGAGCAGUGGCAUUAGUCCGCAGGCGAUAGCUAUGAUGGCAGCUGGCGACCACAGGGCUGCAGCUUCCGCUAGUAAAACGUCACUCUCAAGCAAAGAUCUAAACCUGGCGCUCACGCAGGCAAUCGGUGAAGUGACGCGGAAGGUGAAGAAGGGCAACAAGUUUACAGACGGGCUCGAUCUGUCCGCCACCACCGAUUGGGCGCUCGAGUUGCGGCCGUCGAUGAAGAAGCUCCGGCAGGCGAUGGAUGGGCUGCUGAAGACGGCCCGGCUCAUGCACUCGGUACAGCGGCUCCAGCAGGACAUGAAGAAGACGAGCACCCUGCUGUGCAUCAUGUACCGGCGGGACGUGUGCUUCUCUCAAGCCCUCACCGCGCUCGUCGCCGGUCUGAUGGCCAAGCUGUGGGGCCAGAAUGUGACGGAGAACUUCAUCAGCCUACUGGUACAGCUGGGGCCGCUCGCCUGCUUCGAGGGGCUACUUUCGCUGUACGGCAACGAGACGGAUAUGUGGGGCGACAUGAGCGUCGCGGUCGAGGAUCUGGCCACCGUGACGUUCGCGCUGGUGCGCAGCAACCUACACCGCGACACGAAAGCGAUCCCGGUCCCGCGUAUCGCCGGUUCCCGGCUGGCGCUCCGUGUGCUGUUACCGGUGCCGGAGUCGGUGUACUGUCAUCUGCCCACCACCAAGGAGGUGGUCACGUUCCGCGUCACGCCCGUCUUCUUCAACAUCGGCAUCAACGAGAAGGCGACGGUGGCGGAAACGCUCGGCUACACGCGCGAACAGCACCGCUCCAAUUGGGACAACUACGAUCGCUUGAAGCGCUACCAUGGCCAGUACCGGCGCGUACCGUUCAACUUCGUGAACCCGGCCUGCUCCGCCAGCCAGGACACACCGACGAAGGUGGCGUACACGGCGCAACAAAAGGAACUGCUCGUACCGGAGGCCACGGUGGUGAAGUUUCUGGACGAGCUGGAGACGGAACUGCGCGCCCAUUCGUCCAAGAGCUACCGCGUGCUGCAUCGAGCGGAAGAUAUUACGAGGGCGCUACAGGGGCUGCGUUUUACCUCGUGCAAGAGCGCCAAAGAUCGCACCUCGAUGGCGGUGACGCUCGAGCAGUGCCGGGUGCUGCAGCAGGAGUUCCACCUGUCGGCGAGCAACGCACAGAACGUGCUCGAUACAAUGCGCAGUGAAGGCACUCGCUCCGACAACACGAUGAAGAACGUCGGUAUACGGAAGUACGCGUUCAAUUUGCCGCAAGUGCUCUCACUGCCGACCGUCUAUCGGCCCCCGGCCGGUGCGUACGGCAAGGCACAGUCCUAGUGAUCGUUCGAAUCUGGUUCGUUUGUGUUGCGUUUUUGCUUUUGUACGCUGUUUAGCUAGGUAGAGCGCAGGUUUCCCUGUAGACUAAUCGGCAUCGUACAAAGGCACCCUUAACUUGGUGUCACCUUUUAGGGAGUUCGGAUUCACAAAAUCCCGUUACCAAUUGGACUAUAGACUGCGGCUCCCGGCUGACUGAGCCAUUACUUAAAGGCACAAAAAAGGCACAUCAGCCAGCCAGCAAGCCACAGAAGAUGAGGCGAUGGUUGUACUCUGUUCAAAGCCCAGACGACCUUUCUGACACUGGCACACAGGCACAGAGGUUAGGCCAAAAGGAACGGAAGGAACCGGUUCUGGUACUUAUGAUUAUACCUUACAUGUAGUUUGUUAUCACGAAGCGAUUCAUUUCUUGUCACUUCAUUUUGUUUUGUUGAGUUGGUUAAGUUUCAUCUACGUUGUUAAUGCAUCACUGCAUAGUUUUUAUUUUAAUUGUUUUGGUUUUUUUUUGUAAAACUAAAAAGAAAAAAGAGAAAACCGAUUUGAUGCAAGAAUUGCAUCGAAUUGUCGUCUUAUAUCUAUUGCUCGUAUGUAGGCAACAUUGGCCUAGUCCUCAAUGUUUCAUCAAUCAGGGCCACAGACGCAUCGUGUUCGUUCAUGUGGCCCACAGAUGACGCCAAUAUUCAGCCUCAUCAAAAUAUUUUCAGCUUGCUGAAAAUUUUAAAUUUUUUGACAGGAAAUUCAAUGUAGCUCACACAUGAUGAAUAUAUUGGUGUCAAUCAACUUGCAUGCAAGCAUUGAUAAAUAAAGUUGAGCGUUUAUGGGCCGCUUUAGUCAGCAUUGCCUGGCGGCUGGAAUCUCUGGCAAACUUAAUCGCAUCUUAUUUUAUCGACACCCUCCCCCUACCCCUCACCCAGUAUGUACACGUCGCGAAGGUUCGGGCGACUUUAUUUAUCCUCCUCCAAAAAUACUCUGCAGUACAUCAUGUUGCAUGCCCUUUAACCCUAGUCGACAGUCCUAUUUUAAAACCUUUUCCGCAGUCCCGGGUCUGGUCAGACCCGCAUGCUUUUACAUGUGCUUGCAUACAAAAUGCAUACGAGUUUACGAGCAUACAAUCCGAGACGACGAGAUAUUGCGUACGAGUGUAUUUUUAGGUGCUCAUUCUCCCAGUCUCUACGCCUGCAUUUUCUAGGCGUAAUUCAUUUGGUUGAUGUUUGUGUUCAUUUUGGUGUUCAUCUACGACUACUUUCGUGAGCAUUUUUGUGAUCGACAGCGUUGAAAAUCGAACGAGUUGAAAAUUCGAAAAUCGAGCAAACAAUCGACGAACCCUAGCGGCGUCACGACUAUAUAGGAGGCGUAAAGAAUGGGAGAAUAAGCACCUUAAUUAAAUGGCUUCGGCAGACUGGUUGCGGUACGUGCGGUAUUUGCGGUACUUGCGGCAGUUGCACGUUCAGACUGGUCACCACCGCAUCAAGCAAAGCAAGCAAAGGUGUUAUGUUACAGUGUCUUUCCUUCGCUUCUUUUGCUGACCUUACGGGGUUAAAAUAAUAAAAAAACGUUUUCUUCUGACAGAAUAUAGCCUCUAGGCAAUGAAAUGAGUAAAUAGUUUAAGGAAAAACUAAUAUUACAUUUGUUUUCUUGGACUUUGUAACACAUUUUUCACUUUUCAUGCUGCUCAGUUUGUUCAAUCAUUGUUGAAAUAACAAGUAAUAACAAAAAAAUAUUCUCCAAGCCUGUGAAGCGAGAAACGCAACAUGAAUAUAUUAAAUAUGACCAACAAACCAAUAUAUCGCUUUUGCAUCGAUCGAAUGUCUUAACUUAAAAUAAUUACUUUCAUUUUUCAGCCAAAAAAUGCUCAAUAUUCCUUCAAUUUAUGUAUAGUUUCAAUGAAAACCACAAAAGUAAUCGAAAUAGUUACACCAUUAUUCAAAUAUUACACCACAUCUUUGUUUUGAAAGUUACUCCACACACCUUGUUGAUGCGGCACUUGCGGCAAUUGCAGCACUGUUGUGAUUUUGUACAGAUUCACUGCACGUACCGCUCGUGCCGCACGUGCCGCAACACAAGCACAUCUGAACCAAAGUGUCUAUAGGAAACAGGUGAAGUCAUACCGAACAAAAUCGCUCGCGAAAAUUAGAAAAAUGAUUGAAAAAAAUUGACAGUCGUUGCCUAUGUUUUGGUUGCGUUGGAGACGCUGUAUUCGUUUUGAGAAGUAAGAAAUCCGUAAAGAAAGUUAAAGUUUUUCCAGUUUUUCAGUGCUCUGAUUGUUCUACAUUGGUGGUUUUAAGAUGCCUUAUAGAUUUUGCGUAGCUCCGUUUUGCAAAAAUAACAAUAAUAAUAUCAAAGUUUCAUUCUUUUCCGCAAGAUGUGGAGUUAACCCGACAAUGGGCAACAUUUUGUAGAAAAGAUGCAAAUUGGCGUCCGUCUAAGAAUGGUGCUAUAUGUUCGGAGCAUUUUAAGACUGAGAAUUAUCAAUUACACCAACCGCCACUGAUUAAAAGCUAUCAUAAU